CCAAAGCACAGCCGCACAGGCUUUUUUAUCCAAUGGCGGUACGUUUGAACUGACCGCCAAGCUUACUUUACUUUGUUCGGGUUUUAGGGUUCUUUCAACGGCCCCAAUUCCCAAAAUCACAAUCGCACUGCAGAUAUGGGUUUGCUCGAGGCUCGGAGGAUAAUGAGGUUGUUCAUCUUCUUGUUAAUGGCCGGAAUACAUGUUCACGGUUGGGGAAAAGAAGGGCACUAUGCUAUUUGCAAGAUUGCUGAGAACUAUCUUACCGAAGAGGCUUCGGCUGCAGUCAAAGCAUUGCUUCCAGAUAUUGCUGAAGGUGAUCUUGCAAAUGUUUGCUCGUGGGCAGAUCAGAUUAAGUUCCACUACCGAUGGAGUAGCCCGUUGCACUAUGUAGAUACACCUGAUUUUAGAUGCAAUUACCAGUAUUGCAGGGACUGUCAUGACUCUCAAAAACGUGAAGACAGGUGUGUAACUGGGGCAAUUCACAACUACACUCUGCAGCUAAUGCCAGAACAAGAUGACACCAAUUUAUCAGCAGCUAAAUACAACCUGACAGAGGCACUUAUGUUUCUAUCGCACUUUAUCGGUGAUAUCCAUCAGCCAUUGCAUGUUGGCUUUAUUGGAGAUGAAGGUGGGAACACAAUUACCAUCCGAUGGUUCAAGAGGAAAACUAAUUUGCAUCAUGUGUGGGACACCAUGAUCAUUGAAUCUGCUCUGAAAACGUUCUACAACAGGGAUCUUGCAACCAUGAUCCAAUCUAUUCAGAACAAUAUAACGAAGGAUGCCUUUGUUGACACAUAUUCUAAGGAAAAUUGCAAUGGUACAGUUUGUCCAGACCCGUAUGCUUCUGAAAGCGUCAGUUUAGCUUGUAGGUUUGCUUACAGAAAUGCCACUCCUGGAAGCACAUUAGAAGAUGAUUAUUUCCUAUCUCGGCUGCCAGUUGUCGAGAAGAGACUGGCCCAAGGGGCUGUCCGUUUGGCUGCUCUUCUUAACAAGAUUUUUUCCGGACACAAAUCAAUUGCCAUUAAAUGAUUGAUUGAUAGAACUGAGCUAUAUAUUUAUGUGGGGUCCACUUAGGUCCAUCUUGGCAAUAACUAUUUGUGAAACAAAGUGUAGUUGAUUGUUCUUCAAGUCAACAAAUGCUGAAAAGCUAAGAUAACUGUUGCUUCUUACAUUUGUCUUUUGUAGUCACAUGAGACAUGCAUAUUUUGCUUUGCUCUCAUGUUUGCUUCUACUUACAAGCAACUUAUGAAAGGGCAUUUGAAAAUGUGACCAGAAAACUGUAGCUUGUAAGCAUUGUAAACGUUCUAGAUAGAAUUUCUGUUCAUAUAUAUAUAUAUCGAACAAAUUCUCAUCCUCAUGCCUUUGUUGGAUCAUAUAUUGUCCGAUUCGCAAACAGUGAAAAUGUUAAAUUUACGAGGAAUAAAAAAUGUAUUGCUUCUUGUUAUUUUUCUUUGUUUUUGUUUUGUCAAUGAACCAUAUGUUGAAGCAUGGAGCAAGGAAGGUCAUGUCAUGACAUGCAAAAUUGCUCAGAAAUUUUUGGAACCAGAAGCAGCACAUAUCGUUCAAAUGCUUUUACCGGAUUAUGUUAGUGGCGAUUUAUCUGAACUUUGUGUAUGGCCCGAUCAAGUAAGACAUUGGUAUAAGUACCGUUGGACGAGCUCUCUUCACUUCAUUGACACACCUGAUCAAGCCUGUAAUUUCAAACAUCAGAGGGAUUGCCAUGACCAAAAUGGAGUUAAGGAUAUGUGUGUGGCUGGCGCUAUUCAAAACUUCACGAGUCAGCUUUCACAUUACAUGCAUGGAACCUCCGAUCGACGCUGUGAGAAAUUAUUUUCCUUUUUUUUUUUCUUUUU